UCUUACGCUAAGCUUUCCCUAUCAGCACGGACGGUAGUAUUUUCCGGCUUGCGAUAUCGGAAGAAGUCAGUUCGUCACAACUCAUCGGAGCUGGCGUGUGGGAGUGUGACUCCAAGGUCCGGGAAAAUUCAAAUUUUAAUUUACCGGACAGUAAAAUGUAAACAAAUCACAGGCAAUUAAUUGAAGAACUCGCGUCCCCAACACAAAACAAGGAAUCCGUGUCGGAGUCUCCAGUUUAUGGUGUCAUUGGUGUCGUGAGUCGCAGAGAGAGAACACGUUCCCCACGGCUGUUCGUAGGGUAAUACGAUUCGCAGUGCUCCUGUCGCUGGCAGCUCGGUGCGAGGUUCCGUGGUGUUUUGUCCGAGGCGAAAGUGAAAACCCAGUGGAUCAAGUGCAGCCAAGGUGUCAGAAAAUAUAUGCAAAGUAGUGCAAGGAUAUUCGAGAAGUGGACAAUUACCCAGUGGAAAAGUUUGCUCCGGUCUUUCAAGGAUUUUACAAGACCCCCUAGCGCUCCAGCCCGGAAUACAGCGUAUAUAAAAAAUAAGCAGUGAUACUUUGCCGAACCUUGGAUACAAAUUUCAAAAUCUCAGCGACAGUGUCGUCCUAUACUCAGCAUAGCAAUAAAAGUUCCUCUACGAAAAUUUCACUAAACUUCAUCAAAAUAGCACCUCAAGCAAUAUGACAAAGAAGUAUGAUUUCGAUUGGAUAAUUCCAGUGCCCGAUGAACUGCUCAAAGGUUGCACGUUCGACCGUUGGUUCGAGGAUAAAGAUAGCACCGAAUUCGAACAGAAUUGUCUAUUUAAAGUGGACGAGUAUGGAUUUUUCAUAUACUGGAAGAGUGAAGGAAAGGAAGGUGAUGUCGUCGAACUGUGUCAAGUGAGCGAUAUACGAGCGGGUGGAUUACCAAAGGAACAAAAAUUGGUGGAUAAAAUAGCGAAAAAACAUGGGAAUGAUCUACAAGCAAUAGACGAUCGAUCGUUAACUAUAUGUUCGGGGACAGAUUACAUAAAUAUCAUCUAUCAACACGUAAUAUGUCCCGACGCAGCUACAGCAAAGAUAUGGUUGGAUGGUAUCCGAAAGAUAACACAUAAUGUGAAGGCAAACAACAUUAGCCCGAUGACAUGUCUGAAAAAGCAUUGGAUGCGUUUAGGAUUUCUGGUAGACGCAAAAGGCAGAGUCCCCGUUAAAGUUGUAGCAAAAACAUUUGCAUCUGGAAAAACUGAAAAAUUAGUAUAUCAAGGGCUUGCCGAAGUCGGGUUGCCAGCGGAAAAAGGAGCGACUAUGACAAGAGAAGAAUUUACUUUUGAUAAGUUCUAUGCUCUAUACCAUAAGAUUUGCCCGCGAAACGACAUCGAGGAAUUAUUCAAUACAAUAACGAAAGGAAAAGGAGAUUCCAUAACGCUACCACAAUUUAUUCAAUUCUUGAAUGAGAAACAACGAGAUCCUCGUCUCAACGAAAUUUUAUAUCCACUCUAUGAUGAAAAACGAGCCGUGGAAAUCAUAAAUGACUACGAAUUGAAUGAAGAAAAGAAAAAAGCUAAUGAAUUAACAAUGGAUGGUCUGAAAAGGUACCUUAUGUCUGAUGAAAAUGCACCUGUGUUCCUGGAUCGAUUGGACAUAUACAUGGACAUGGACCAGCCUCUAGCGCAUUACUACAUCAACUCUUCACAUAAUACGUAUCUGUCGGGAAGACAAUUUGGUGGUAAAAGUUCAGUAGAAAUGUACAGACAAACAUUGUUAGCAGGAUGUAGAUGCGUGGAGUUGGAUUGUUGGAACGGCAAGGGUGAAGACGAAGAGCCGAUUAUCACCCACGGAAUGGCUAUGUGUACUGAAAUUCUGUUUAAGGAUGCAAUCAUCGCGAUCCGAGACUGUGCAUUUGUCACAUCUGAAUAUCCAGUGAUCUUAUCUUUCGAGAAUCAUUGUAACCGAGCCCAGCAAUAUAAAUUAGCAAAAUACUGUGAUGAUAUUUUUGGUGAUCUUUUACUUAAGGAACCUUUACCUGAACAUCCCCUUGAGCCAGGGGUACCUCUCCCACCGCCUUCAGCACUUAAGCGAAAAAUUCUCAUUAAGAAUAAACGAAUGAAGCCUGAAGUUGAAAAAGUCGAAUUAGAAUUGUUCCUAAAGGGUGAAUUGAAAAUCGACGAGAAUGAACCAAACGAAGACGCCUCCGCAACCAAGGCACCUCCCGCCGAAGCACCACCACCAGAACCUGUUGCAGCAACACCCGAUGCAGCCGCCGCCCCAGGAGCAGAAGGUGCUGAAGGAGCCGAAGGAGCUGGAGGGGAAGCAGCUGCAGCUAACUAUACUGGAUCAACAACAAAUGUCCACCCCUUACUCUCGUCCUUUGUCAACUAUGCCCAGCCAGUUAAAUUUCAAGCCUUCGAUAUAUCUUUACAAAAGAACAUCUAUCAUAAUAUGUCAUCGUUCGCUGAAACUGCUGGCAUGAAUUACCUAAAACAACAAGCCAUCGACUUCGUCAAUUAUAAUAAGCGUCAAAUGUCCCGCAUUUAUCCGAAAGGAACACGUGCUGAUUCCUCAAACUACAUGCCCCAAGUGUUCUGGAAUGCCGGCUGCCAGAUGGUAUCACUGAACUUUCAAACAUCCGAUUUACCAAUGCAACUCAAUCAGGGAAAAUUUGAAUACAACGGUAACUGCGGCUAUCUCCUUAAGCCCGAUUUCAUGCGACGACAAGAUAAAGAUUUCGAUCCCUUCGCUGAUGCACCAGUGGACGGUGUAAUCGCAGCUUCAUGUGCGGUACAAGUAAUCGCCGGUCAGUUCUUGUCUGACAAAAAGGUGGGAACAUACGUGGAAGUGGACAUGUACGGUCUACCUUCUGAUACUGUAAAGAAAGAAUUCCGAACAAGAAUGGUUCCAGCAAACGGCCUAAAUCCUGUAUAUAAUGAAGACCCAUUCCUUUUCCGAAAAGUCGUAUUGCCAGAUUUGGCCGUACUGAGAUUCGGUGUGUAUGAAGAAAACGGCAAGUUGAUUGGUCAACGUAUACUGCCGUUGGACGGUUUACAGGCUGGCUAUCGACACAUCUCCCUAAGAACUGAAGCCAAUUUCCCAAUGUCUUUGCCAAUGCUGUUCUGUAACAUCGAACUGAAAAUUUAUGUACCUGAUGGAUUCGAGGACUUCAUGGCUAUGUUGUCUGAUCCUCGAGGAUUCGCAGGUGCAGCGCAAAAACAGCAGGACAAAAUGAAAGAGCUUGGUAUUGAAGAAACAGGCGGCGGAGCAGCACGUGAUGGGAUGAAAGAGAAGAAGGAAGAGGAGAAGAAAGAACCACCUUUAGUGUUUGAGCCGAUUACUUUAGAAUCACUCAAGCAAGAAAAAGGAUUCCAAAAGACUGCUAAAAAACAACAAAAGGAAUUGGAGGCUUUGAAAAAGAAGCAUAGCAAAGAACGAAUGAGCAUGCAAAAAAGUCAAAAUUCUGCAAUAGAUAAAUUAAUAAAAGGCAAAAGCAAAGAUGAGAUUCGAUCAGACCAAGCGAUUCGAACAGCUAUCACCGAACAAACAAACCAGUGGACUGAAAUGAUCACUCGCCAUAAGAAGGAAGAAUGGGAUCUUCUACGACAGCAGGUGCAGGAUCAACAGGAAAUUCUAAAAAAACUCAUGGAACAAGUGCAAACCAGUCAAAUGAAACAACUGGAAGCCAGACAGGAAAGAGAUAUGAAAGAUUUGAAUACUAAACAAGCCAAAGUAUCCGUAGAGACUGCCAAAGAGGUUGCUAAUGACAAAACAUUAAAGACCAAAAAUGAGAAGGAUCGUCGACUUCGAGAGAAAAAACAAAAUAAUAUCAAACGAUUUAUGGAAGAGAAAAAGCAAAUUGGAAUGAAACAAAAUCGUGAAAAGGAAAAGUUAAAAGUCAGCCAUGACAAGCAAGUCGAGGAGCUAAGCAAUGAUGUACAAAAGCUUAUUGAAAUGUACAAAAUGGAGGAAGCAGCCUACAGCAUGUCAGGAAAACGAGAAUUUUUCGCCUAAACAAAACAAAACUCGAUAUCAUGCGAUGGCAGCACUAAGUUUAGUGAAGGUAAUGACAACAUAUGAAAUGUAAAAAAACCAAAUCAUUAAUCCAUAAGGUAAUGAAAAUAUAAAAAAAAUCAAGAGAAAAUGAUCAUGCGUGAUACAAUACUAUUUAAAAAAUAUGUUAGAAAUUAUAUUUACAGAGAAACUAUAAAUGAAAACGUUCAAGAACAAGCAAACAAGAGAACAUAGAACUUGACCUCGACGGAAUUGCAAACGAAUAUUAAAUAUAACGCGUAGAUUUAUUAGAGAGUUUAAGAAAAUACAUCCACGUCAAGUGAAAUUCCAUAUUCGUACAUAUACAUAUAUUUAUGAGCGAUUUGUUUAAUUAAUAACUUAUUCCUAAUUUAUUUCACAUUUACACUUAAUUACAAAAUGAAUUCUGAAAGAAUUGAGCAACUGAAAACUAUGAAAAAUAACGAUUACACGUAAGUUGACGACUUGUUCUUGGGAGAUGCUUUUCGGGUCCUUAUUUCGUGAAAGUCAUUUUGAAAAUGAAUGGAAUUUACAAAUGUACAAUGAAUAGUAUCGAAGAUUUCAUCUGAAAUGAAAAACCAAAGUUACGAUUGUUGUCUUUAGGAAAAUUUUAAAAUAGAAAUCAAAAUUUUAACUAUUUGAACGUGAUAUAUAUUUUAUUAAGUCGAGGAAUAUGUACAUUUCUCCACACUAAGCGUAGAAGAAAUAAUUGGAUACGAAAAUUGGGUGCACACUAUUUGUUAUUUUGUUUACAAACUUCGUUUCUACGAAAGAUUGAGGAAUUGAUUUGGAUUUGUUCUGAAUUGUUUUAAUGCCAAGUCAGAAACCCGUUGAAGCAGCAAAGCAGAUUCGUUUCUGGUAUCGGAAAAAACACUUUCAGAUUCUGUUAAGAAAACUGUCAUGUCUAGUUUCAGUUAAAAAGGACGUAACCCAAUGUCUAGUCAACACAUACCGAAGGCAGUAGAUAUACCAGCUUCAAAUGCAUAUUUCAAAAAUAUCGUUCAAUUAUUUGCUAUGUUUGCGUUUGUAAGAAAAUCAAGGAGCAUUCAUCAAUUCUGAAGCACUUUGAAAUUAUUCCUGCGUUCAAUUCAAACGACAGCGAACCAUUUGUCAAUUCCCUCUCUAAAAAUAACAAGGAAGAUUAGGAGUAAGUAGCGUUCAUUGAAAUUUCAAAAUGAAGUAUACACACAUAAAAUAUAAUCAUUGAAUUAUUCAAUUGUAUGUGUUGGUUCUUUGUUCCUUCUGGUUUUCAUUCAAGUCCUAUGUAUUUACCUCGAGAGUAAGGAAUCUAAGUACACAUUCAAGUGUAUCGCGAAUUGGCCUUUCAAAAUUUAAGUGUCGAUAUAAGAAACAAUAUAUAUAGAAGUAUGUAUGUAGUCAUCUACAAACCCUAAUUUUAAAUAGAUCAUUCACGUAGGUAGUCUUUGAGGAACCAACUUAUUUUCUGGACUACCCUCAUUGAUCGUUUUUUUCAAUUUGUGCCAAAUUCUCAAGUUUUUACUAGUGUCGACUUUUUAAAAUUCAAAUUUGUAUGUUCCAUUUGAAACGAAAUCAUCAACGGUGAAUGUUUCAGAAGAUUCAAUUGAUGAAACGGGAGUUUAGAGCAUAUUAUGUACAACAAGACAAACUGCAAAACGUACUCGGUUUGCAGAAUACAAGCCACAUUGGAAUUUGUUAGCCGAGACCAGAUCAAAAUUUCGAUGGAAAUCUGAUCUCCAAUUUACCUACAAGAAAGCAAGUUAAAUGCGAUAUAUUUGAAAAAGAGUUACUACCGACAGCAAGCAAACACAUUAUUUAGUUCACUUUAGCAUCAGAUCCAUUACAUCCCACAAAUAGUACAGAAUAACACGAAAGGAUGAACGACGGUUAUUUAUCGAAUUGAUUCAUUGGUGAAUGCAAAUGUAUGAUUGAACGAUUGAACAUGAAAGUCUUAUUCAUAAAGUUACUGUGAGGAACUGAAUCUAAAAAUGUAUUUAAAUUAUUAUAUUCUACUUACAAAUAUAGAAAAAACUAUAUGUGAAGAAAAUAUAAAUGAUUAAAUAAAAAAAAAAUAGAUCGAA